CGGAGAGGGAGUGCUCGAUGGCAGUCUUCUCCGUACUCGGUGCAGCUGGAACACAAGUAGACUAGAAAGUUAGGCAGAACUAGGGCUUCCGUCCCCAGGACGAGCGCGGGAAGAGACUAAGGGGAGAGUCGCCACCAGUUUUACCCUUAGAAAAGUAGCCAACUGCCUUCCUCAUUGUCGGAGAUGUCUGGAGGGAGUACCCGGCGGAGAACUGGCUCCCCCUGGCACAGCAAUUUCUCUCGGCUUUUCACGAGAAGUUCUUCCAAGGAACAGGAAGAAGAGAGCAAAAUAGCCCCUGAACUGCACUGCGCACGCAGUUUUGAAAUUAAGGAAGAUGAAUCUACAAAUGUGAUCUUUCCAAGAAAAGAAAGCAGUCCUCUUCCAGAAUUGUCAAAGAUUUCAGUCUGUAAAAAUAAGGAUUUAUCUACAGAAGACCUGAAUAGAUCUACCACUCAGGAGGAAUUAAAGAAAGCAAAUAGUCUUCCUAGUUUGAUUCAUGAAAGCAAAGCAAACAAUAACAAUAAACCAUCUAAAGAAGGAUUUUUCCAAUAUCUUGGGAGUUUAUUUGGUAUUUCUUCUAAAUCAUCAUACAAAGAAAAAGAACCUUCUAAUCUUGGAGAUGGACAUUGCAAAACUAAAAAAGGCUUUGCAAGUCAAGGUAGACAUCAAGACAGUGGACACACUGAGCAUCUCAAAUCAGAAAUAUUUGUCAUUUCAAAUUUUGGAACUGAACAGAAAGUAUCAAAUGAAGAUGAAGACAUUAACUUAAGAAUUAGAUCUAGUCCACAAAAUUUACAGAAAACUCAGGAGCAAUCUGCUGAAAUAGCCAAGUAAGUUCAAAUAUAAUAUCUAAAUAACCACUUCCAUUUGAGCUCAUAGGAUCAUAAAAAUUUUGUUCAGUUUUAUGUAUAUUGAGCAAUGCUUACUAUACUGUAGGUUUAGAUAAGAUAGUUCUCAACCUGUAUGACCUAUUUGUUUUUGCUUAAAGAUUCAUCAGUGAGAGACUGAUGCAAAAGACAUAGUCUUAUAUGUAAGAGUUUUGAGUUCACAAAAUUAAAAACUAUGA